UGUAGGAUUGAGCUGGCUUAUCAUGGCCCACAACUUUAAAAGAAGGAAGCCUAUGCAUACGCAGUACCCCUCUUCAACUGUCACGUAACUCCAAAAUCCUUUAAUUUUCAACCGUCUUCCACCUUCACACUACUCGAAGAUGCUUUGAUAAAUCAACCCUCUUCCACCACCAUGGCACCUCAACUCCCCACCCAACACGCCGCCCUCACCGCCGCCGGCCUCUCCUCCCUCCUGCUCUCCCCUACAUCCCCCGCAUACGCCGCACGCGAAUCCUCCUACUGGGCCGCCAACGCCCGCCUCCACCCCUCCUACAUCAUCCAGCCUCGCACCACCGCCGACGUCUCCCGCACCAUCAAAGCCCUCGCGCGCGCCGACGGCAACUUCGCCAUCCGCAGCGGCGGCCACUCGCAAUGGGCCGGCGGCAGCAACAUCCACGACGGCGUCGUCAUUGACCUGGGCCUCAUGACACGCGUGACCUACGACCCCGAAACAACGCUCGCGUCUAUCGAGUCUGGUCUGCGCUGGGGCGCGGUCUACAACGCGCUGGACAAGCACGGGGUUUGCGUUGCGGGCGGGCGCGUUGCGGAUGUAGGGGUGGGCGGGUUCUUGACCGGCGGCGGGAACUCGCACUAUACAGGCCGGAUGGGGAUGGGCUGUGAUAGCGUGGUUAAUUUUGAGGUGGUGCUGGCGAGUGGGGAUGUGGUUAAUGCGAAUAAGAGCGAGAAUCCGGAUUUGUGGAGAGCGCUGAAAGGGGGAUCGGGGAACUUUGGGAUUGUAACGCGGUUUGAUAUGCGGACCAUCCCGGCGACGAGGGUGUGGGGUGGGGUUAUUGUGGCGCCGAGGAGUAGUGGGAUGGAAAUUGUGGAGGCGUUGGUCAGGUUUACUGAUGAGAGCGAGAAGCGGCCUGAGGAUGCGAUGAUUGUGGGUUUUACGUUUAUGGCGGCGAUGGCUAGUGAAGUCGUAGCGUUGAGCGUGCUUGUGGAUACGAAUGGGGUUCCGGAUGCCGCUGCGUUUGAGGAGAUUCAGAAGGUUCCAGCCGUAGUUAAGGACCUUAAGAUAAGAAGCGUAGAAGAGAGUGCGAACCUAUAUUCGCUUCUAGUUGAUAAGCGAGUUGUUACCAUCACCCUUACAUUCCGAAACGACGCCGCAAUCAUCAAAAAAGUUGUCGAACUGCACGACGAAUUAGUCGAAGACUUUAAAAGCCUGAUGCCCGCAGAGGCUUUCGCGACCCAAUGCCUCCUCCAACCGCUCCCAACCUACUUCGCCCAACGCUCCGUCGAGCAAGGGGGCAACGUCCUGGGCCUAGAUUCCGUCCUGAGCAACUCGAUCUUAUGGCUUGGCCAAGUUAGCGUCGACACGGAUGACCAGCACACAAUCGCCGAGCCAAAGAUAGUGGCGUGGAAAGAUGCAAUCGAGAAGUUCGCUAUUGAACGUGCCGGGAAUGUACCAUGGCGCUAUCUCAACUAUUCUGAUGCGUCGCAGAAACCGCUCACCAGCUAUGGAGCGGAUAAUGUAAAGUUUAUGGGGGAGGUGGCCGCGAAGUAUGAUCCUGAGGGCGUAUUUCAGAGGAAAGUACCUGGCGGGUUCAAACUGUCGAGGGGCCAAUGAAGAAAGUGGAUCGUGGUGGAUCGGUUUGCUUAGACUCGGGGUGUUUGAUGUGAAUAAUUGAGCUUUGCAUAAACUUUGGGAGACCUGAAGGUACGUGAAACUAACGUAUAGAGCCAACGAAAUGUCUCUUUACCUAAGUUCAUGAACGAGUGGGAGGCAGCGUCACAGGGGUUU